GUCUUCGGUUUCGGUAAGAAUUGUCUCUGUCAUUGUGUAUUUAGAAGCCCCAUUGACGAAGAAAAGGCGCAGGACGUACUUUUGCGCAUCAUGAUGACCUUCGGUAGUGGCGUGCUUCGGUUGGUUUAAUACGCCUCCUUCCUUUCGUCCCGUUUUUAUCGCAGCCAAUUCCCAAGAUUGUUCGCGUAUGACGCUGACGGGUAGAUGAAGCUUAGUAUGGUUUCUCAACAAGUACUUGAUUCUGAAUUCGCUUGUCUACCAGAACAGUUUUUCAUGCCUUGAUGUAAGUAGUCAUUUUUACCGGACGAUCGAGCCGUGUCGUGGAUGAAAUUGUUUAUUUCACAGUAGCUUGUUCCUUAAAUCAAGAAAGCUAUUGAGAAAUGGCGAGACGAGGAAAUCUCGCUACAGACCGUGCGGUUCCUGGUGCACGUGCAGACAGUCGUCCUGUACCGCGUGCCAGCACUUUGUCCUCCGCUUCUGUGCUGCGGAGGACAGGGAAUGGGCGACCAGGGCUAGCGAUAGUUUCAGCACGCGCUGCCACCUCUAUUCGUCGUAAUAUUAUAGGUGGACCUGAGAAGACCUCGUCUUCUCAGCCGAGUAGAGGACUGGAUAGUGUGGGUCAGAUUUUGGGCAUCAGUAAUGCUACUUCUACGAGUAGUAUUACAAACAGCGGUGGCGGUCGAAGAACUGACGCGCGGCAGGUGAGGAAUGUCGGCAACAGCGAAUUUUCGUCAUCUUCACUCGUGUUGAGGUCGUCUCGUAGCAACACGUCGACUGGAACUUCAGUAGUUGGCGGACGCAGAUCGCCCUUGGCCUCGAUGGUCGUAGGCGAUGUCGGUCAUAGAACGCUUCCGUCAUCAUCGGAGCGGAGCUCCACUGAAGCUGCACAAAGACACGCACAAAUGUCAAGGCAAGGAGCAUCAGCAAAUAGAAGUGCACUACUCGUCUCUUCGGCAACUGCACAGUCAAGGGCGCCAUUUUCGAUGCAAGGAACCGAGUCACGAACAGGAGUCGGUGGAGCCGAGUGGUGGCGGACAUCACGACCUUCGUCUAAUGCUAGGAGGACAACGGGCAGUCGGCCGGACCAGGAAAGCGCAGGAGGAUCUAGUAUGUCGAGCUUGCCACCUGCUCGAGGCGCUCUACCCACCACCUUAAUUUCCCGGCAGGAGCAGCAAGAUCAGUUUGAACAAGACCGAGCAGCUGCGCGGGCUUUGCGAAUUGCCGGUCUCGAAGCCACGGCAGGAGACUUAUUAUCUCGUUUAGAAGAGCGGGAGAGCGAAAUGGCACGAAGACGUGCCGAGAUUGAAGCCUUGCAGGAGGAACUGGAGGCUGCGAAACGCCUCCGCGAUGCCGCUAUGCAAGAGGUUGAGGCCAGCCGGCAAGCAGCGGACGCACUGGAGGCCUUGCUGACGCUGGUCGCGCCAGAUGAUCAAACAGCAACUACAGGCGGAGGACGGCAAGAUCAAGAAGCAAAUACAAAUACUAGUGGAGAAGCCGCAGGAAUAACCAACAGCAACGGCCCUGUUGCAAGCGUCAAUCCUAGCGGUCUUCACCAGAGUCCAAAUGCAAGUCCAUCAUCGCCUACGACUGCUUCUACGUCAAAUGCUCCUACGUCGAAUGCUACAGGCGCGAGGGCUUCGAAUUUGCUUUCGAUGGUUCAGAGGGAGCUCUCGGUGCUGCUUGGUUUGAUGAUGAGCCAACCUGACGAGGAGAUUCAACUACCCAAUCUUGAGCCACAGGAGGAUACACUGAGUCGUGCUAGCACAGCAGUACCAGGAGCUCGAGAAGAUGGUAGUGAUGAUGAUGAUGAGCAGGAUUGUGACAUUGAUGACUAGAGAAAUUUAGAUUGUUUAUUACCCCUCCGAAUCCUUCCCUAUUUUUCGCAAGAAGAAACGAGAUCCCAAGCAAUCAAAUCUUUCAAUGUGUGUUGUUGUCAAGGAUCUAGAU